AUGUCUUCCCACGGUCUUCCCACCGAGAAUCCCACCGACGCUCCCACAAGCUCCGGUGCCUCUCGCCGAGUCCCGGUCCUCUCCUUCGCGGAUGGCGUCGCUCUGGUCGCCUUUCUCUCAUCACCUGAAGGCGCCACUCUCAGGUCGGUGCUGGGUAUCGAUAUUCCCGAGCCCACUCAGACCUGGCAGGAUGCAACGGGCCGAGGCUCAGCACCCACGUCUGCAGGGUCCGGUGUGCCGCGCGCUUGUGGCACAUGCCCCGGCUGCCUGAGCCAGAUGUCGCUUGAGGAUCUGGAAAAGAAGAUGACGGAGAUUGACGCGGACAUUUCUCGUUUCAGGUCGGAGGAAGAGGACCAGCAGUCGAUCGACGAAUUGUUGUCGGACAGGGCGGACCUCCAGACGGCGGCCGAGAAACUCAGGAUGUGCCAUGAGCGUUCGAUUGCCGGUGUCCGGAGAGAUGUCAGCGGGAUGUCUCUUGAUCGUCUGGAGGCGGAGCUUCGGGAGAUUGACAGGGAUGCUUUACGUUUCGGGUCCGACAGGCAGUCGGUGGAAUUGUUGAUGAUGGGCAGGGCAGUGGUCGAGGAGGCUGCAGCGAGCCUCAGGUCGCAGGGGCAUGAGCAGGCUGAGAAGACCGACCCGCCGGUCGAGAUGGAGCAGGAAGAGGAUCCGCUGAAGGCCGCGGAGGGUGGCGCUGCGCCAGCCAGCUGA